UGCAAUGUGGUUCGGUUUUUGUUUUUUUCUUCCUUUCACCGUUCGCCGAACCCGGCUGUUUGCGUGUGCGAGCGUGUGAGGGUGAAAGAAAGAAAGAAAGAGUGAGUGAGUGUGAAGAAAGAUGUCGGUGAGAACGAUGGGGUAGCAGUGUGGAGGAACUUUGUCCAUGAAAUCGGCUAAAACAUAAAGGUGUCGGUUCUGCACUCGACCGGACGGGAGUUUAGUGUUAAAGGGACACAGCAGGAGGUUUGUGAGCGGACUGUGGGAUGUUAUCGGUACUCUCCUAUGGACGGAUCGUUGCCAGGGCCGUCCUGGGCGGACUCUCUCAGACCGAUGGCCGGGAUUAUAAACUGGUCUCGGCGAGCUGCGGUUUCGGCAAGGAUUUCCGGAAGGGCAUCCUCAAGAAGGGCAUGUGCUACGGGGACGAUGCGUGCUUCAUAGCGCGACACAGGACCGCCGACGUCUUGGGCGUGGCAGAUGGGGUGGGUGGAUGGCGUGAUUAUGGCGUUGACCCGUCUCAGUUCUCGGAGACUCUGAUGAGGACGUGUGAGCGGUUGGUGAAGGAGGGACGCUUCACUCCCAGCAACCCUGUGGGGAUCCUCACCUCGGGCUACUACGAGCUCCUACAGAACAAAGUACCUCUGCUGGGCAGCAGUACGGCAUGUAUAGUGGUGUUGGACCGGAGGAGUCAUCAACUCCACACGUGUAAUCUGGGGGAUUCGGGGUUCCUGGUGGUCAGAGGCGGCGAGGUGAUCCAUCGCUCUGACGAGCAACAGCACUACUUCAACACCCCCUUUCAGCUGUCAAUCGCACCACCAGGGGCUGAGGGAUCUGUGCUGAGUGAUAGUCCUGAAAUGGCAGACAGGUCUUCGUUUGACGUCCAGCUCGGUGACAUCAUCCUCACUGCCACAGACGGUCUCUUCGAUAACAUGCCUGACUACAUGAUCCUGCAGGAGCUCAAGAAGCUCAAGAACUCAAAUUACGACAGCAUCCAGCAGACAGCGCGGAGUAUAGCGGAGCAGGCUCAUGAGCUCGCCUACGACCCAAACUACAUGUCGCCUUUCGCCCAGUUCGCCUGCGAUAAUGGCCUCAAUGUCAGAGGAGGAAAACCUGACGACAUCACGGUGCUGCUCUCCAUCGUGGCCGAGUACACGGACUGAGCUCGAUCGGCGGAGUUUGUCUUUGUGUCUCUCUGUCUCUCGUCCUCGUGUCUUCCUCGUCAUCCGCUGCUCGUCUAGAAAUGUCUCUCAUCCCAUCCUUCUUUUCUGUCCUUGUCCUGAGAGAGCAUGAAGAGGAGAGCAUGGACUCUUGGUCAUGGGAGGACAGUGAUUCUGUCGGAGGCUGUUUGUGCUCCUGCACCACAGGAUUAUGGGAGGAUGAGUCAUCUGUCCAUCCUACGCCUCCAUUGUACCCGAUUUAAGUUGUAGGUUUCGGGUCCGAGAGCGAGCCGUGCGUCACCAAAGGUGCUUCGAAAUGAGGGCGAUCUCUCAGCAUGGACACUGUAGGGGAUGGGUUUCGUUUUUUAUUUUUAGCCCCUUCUGUAGCUGGGAGAAUGUAAAUUUUGUGUGUUUGUGUGAGAGAAAGUAAGAGACUUGGUUAAAAUUGUCUGCUGUUUAAGAUUAUGCUCCUCGUGUGUGUGUGUGUGUUUCAUGCCACUCGGUUCAGCAAAGUGCCGCUCAGGAUGUGGUGAUUUGUCUCCGCCCCCUUUUUGUUUAAAAAAAAAAAAUGAAGAAGCAGGCCUUACCUGCUUAAUGGUGAUAUUAAAAUGUGGGUGUGGCCAGAGGAGCACAGAACAGAAGAGGCAGGACAAAGAUACAAAACAGCGGUGGGUUUCCCAAAAGCCUUUUCACACUAAGAGCAUCUUAACUAGGAGAGAGAGAGAGCGCUCAUUGUGCUGCUCGCUCUACCAUUCAGCGAUGAUCUUUGUGCUACGAUGCUUUUGGGAAACUCGGCAUAGUUUUGGGGCAUUUGGGGGUGGGGUUGUGGGUUGUUUUUUGCGAGAGAGAGGCUGUAAACUGAUCCUGUAAAGUAACGUGUGUGUCCUAGUGACUGUUAAACACACAGGGGUUUAGAGUGGCAUUAACGGCUUACCAAACUGCAUUAGUGGGGUUGUAGCAAGUGCAGGGGUCUAUGACGUGCUUAAGAAUUACAACAGCAGUUCAGGACUGUACAUGGUUGAUUUUAAAAAUAAAUAAAUUUCCAUAAUAAUUAAUAAUCCAAGCUGUACUCAUCUGUAUUACAUUUAUCCAUCUCAUGGUGGUUUCGUGUGGCUCGAGUACAGUACAGCGAUCUUCCUGCUUUAACUCCAGUUCAACACUUGUGUUGAUAUUAAAAACUGUAUUAUUCUAUCCACAUUCACUGGAUAUGAGCAAUUGCGUGCUCUGAUUGGCUACUCUACUGCUAGGAUAUCAGCUCGUAUACCGUGAGUAGAGAAAAACAAAAUGGCGGAGCGUGCUAGUGAACCAACUGAGGACGAAAUAAAAACUAUUUGAAAAUAAAACCCCGAAAAAUAAAACAAAAAAAGCAACAAAAUGUGGGAUAAAAGUAUUUGAUGGUAAGAACGUAUCUUUUUUUUUUUUUCCAAGAAUAAUAAUAAUAAAUUAUUAUUUAUAGCGUUUUUCACAAAUUGUUCCUGUCAUUUCGCUGGUUUGUUUACGUUCUAAGCGGAAAUGAUUGUCGGACGUUUUGUAUCAAGGUUUUAUCAAAUUUGCAAGAAAUUAAAAUGCUCCGUUUCUCAAAAUCCAGUGAAUGUGAAUAGAACAAAACAGUUAUUCCACUCAAUCUCGUCGUACAUGGAUUAUAGCCGACUACCAGCUCAUGUAUGACUCGAUUUCAUGGAAAAAUUGUUAAAGAUACAGAAAUUAAAUUUUAGAUGUAAUUUUGAGAUAUUCAUCGCAUAUCGCUCGCUCGCUCGCUCGCUCACUAUCUUGCUCUGUCUUAAUUUCUCUGGCCUUUCAGGAGGAAUAAAUGUCGUGAUUUGAUUGGAUGCUGCUCUUAACCAGACAGACAGGAGAAGACUUAGUAUUUUGGACUUACCUAUUCACUGAUUUCUGCUUUAUUAACUUGGAAGUUGGAACACAGGGUUGUUAUUUUCAACCACUGUGCUUUCAAGCUACGGAGUAUAAACUUGCAAACCUCAGCUGAGUUUCCAAGUAGGAAUUCUGAGUUGACAGAAGUUUAGAAAUUCUGCCGUACAAGCUUUAAGCAGCAUUAGACUCUAUAUGAGUCGACUCUAGAGUCUGUGUCUGUGCCUGAACGUUUUAAAAAUGCUCUUAAAGUGUUCUUUGGCUGUUAAAUGGUUUUAGCUUUCUAUAUUGACGUUUUAGUCAGUGGUGUAGUGGUUAGCGCUGUCGCCUCACAGCGAGAAGGUCCUGGGUUCGAGCCCAGCGGCCGACGAGGGCCUUUCUGUGCGGAGUUUGCAUGUUCUCCCCGUGUCCGCGUGGGUUUCCUCCGGGUGCUCCGGUUUCCCCCACAGUCCAAAGACAUGCAGGUUAGGUUAACUGGUGACUCUAAAUUGACCGUAGGUGUGAAUGUGAGUGUGAAUGGUUGUUUGUCUCUGUGUAUCAGCCCUGCGAUGAUCUAGCGACUCGUCCAUAGUCAGCUGGAAUGGGCUCCAUCUUGCCCGCGACCCUGUACAGGAUAAGCAGUUACGGGUAAUUGAUGGAUGGGUGCCUAAUACUUUUGCACAGUACUGUGUAUGGUACUCUUUCUGAAAAUAAUAUAUAAAAUUGAUUGACCCUGAGCAUUUACCGAAGACAGAUGAGUGAGAUUCAGUGUCCCAAAAAAAAUCCCAGUCCUAAUGAACACCUCGAUAUUGCAGUCAUAAAUCGUCCUCAGCAUUAAAUCCUUUUAUAGUGUCAAAUGAGAACUUUUUAAAUCAAUUUAUUCCUUUUUCCAUCCUUUCCACCCCCCCCCCCCCCCAAAUUAAAAGCUUUUCCUGUCCUCCUGUGCUGACGUACGUGUUCCACGUCCAACAUCAGCAUCAUUAUGACCUGAAGAUCGCGAUGUGUAGUUUAUUGGAACAAAAAGAAAGACAAGGGUAACGAUGAGACUCGAGCCACACUGGACCACAGAUGGACUCGUUUUCAUGUUUUUCUCAUCUAAUAUCGGAUAUCAAACGCUAUCCUGAUUGUGUUGCGACCUGCCGUCUGUAGUUCCCUCGGUGUGUAGAAGUGUGUGUUUUUUGAGGAGCUGCACGCGCACAAAACGCAUGUUAAUGAAAUCACUAGGUCAGGUAUGUAAAGAUUUAAAAAAAAUAAAUAAUAUUUUUAUAAGCUCUUCAUUUUUAGCAGAGCUGAGAAGUGACUAGUCAAGCUUUGUUAGAGGUGUGUGUGUGUGUGUGGCUUUGUAGGAGUGUUUUUUUUUUCUUCCUCUCCGUUUUUAGUUCUAAUGGCUUUUCCUACCUGCUGUUUUUAGGUUAUUUUGUAAAUGUGUGCGCAUGUGAGAUCAUGUAUUGUAAAUGUGUGUGUAAUGAGUGCGGAUGUCCUUGACGUCCUUCAUGUCCAACAGCAACGAGACAAAAAAAACAAGACAGUACUCAUUUUAGUUCAUUUAUUCAUUUCUUCUGCUGUUAAUAAGCUGCAAGAAUUCAGGGGAACCAAAGACAUGCAUCCCCUCGCUGUUUAUUUUAUUAUUUUGAUUAAGUUGUUUGGUCUUAUUUUGUAUAUUUGGAUUAAGAAAUACAAAAGCAAUAUGCAGUACAGUAACGUAUGGCGUGUGUGUGUGCGCGCGAGAUUUUUACCGUAAUGUCCGGACUAUAAGUUGCUUUUCCUUAUUUUCUCAUUGUUGGCAUUUGUACCAUAGCUGCGCAGUAAACAUAACGUAAUAAUGCACAAAAAUGACCAAAUGACACCAAAUCUCACACACGUACCUUGUCAUAAACACUAUCCACUCACUGCCCAAAGGACAAAACAGUAAAAAAUAAAAUAAAUAAUUUUUACAUUAAAGUGCCAUUCCACCAUUGGAUGUAUUCUUUGGCAUAAAAUACAAUAUAUUUUAUGACAACAUGACUAGACAGAGAAAUCUUUUAGCUUCAAAAUGAUAUAUCAAACAUAAUUUUUUGACAAUGACAAGUAUAUUAAUUUUGCGACCAAAGUCACCUACCCUUUUAAUUUCCGCGUGGUAGUGAAACGUGAUGUCAUCGGCAGGUUCCCCUUCUUGUGUACCACGUGUCGGUCUAUUUUUAGACCAGGAAACCCCCAAAGUGAGAGAGUCAUUUCUCCUCGUAUAUGGGGGCCAAAAAAAUUGCGAAAAAUUGAGUUAAUCUUUCAGUUAGCUAGAUUUAUUGGUAUUAUUUUUAUCGCGUUCUAUCCGCCAUUGCUGAUAAUAUGUGCCACGUCACGUGGUACACAAGAAGGGGAACCUGCCGAUGACAUCACGCGCGGAAAUUAAAAGGGUAGGUGACUUUGGUCGCAAAAUUAAUAUACUUGUCGUUGUCAAAAAAUUAUGUUUGAUAUAUCAUUUUGAAGCUAAAAGAUUUCUCUAUCUAGUGAUACCAUUUAUAUAUGUUGUCAAAAUAUACUGUAUUUUAUGCCAAAGAAUACAUCCAAUGGUGGAAUGGCACUUUAAGCUUCUGAUUGGCAAAUUCAAAGUUCAAAUCCUGAAGAUGCCACAGGAAUCCGAGAGAGCAAAAUGGGCUGUGCUCUCUGGGUGGGUGUGGCUUACUCUCUCUCCUCCGUCAAUCACAGCGACACUGAGUUGCAAGCAAUGACUGACUGUUUAAAAAAAAAAAGUAUGGCGUGGAUUCAUUACUUCCUGUUCUAUAAGACAUGAAGACACAAUUCUUCUGCCAUGUUGUCAAAUUUGGAGGCGGAGUCUGCACAUUCGAGAUGAGUCAAACUUGGGUACCUGUUCAUUUAAUUGACACGCCCCCUUUCCCAAUACUAAGAUCUGUAACGUCGCCAAGGCUGUCUAUUCCCGAGAGUGUCCAUGCCUUCGUAUGAUAUCGUAGAUCAACUUUUUAAAAUCUGAUUUCUGUAUGAAAGUUGAAAAAUGUACAGAUAUCAGCAGAGGGAAAAGCAACUUCGAAUUAGACACAAGAUUUAAAAAUGGUUUGGACAGAAAAGUGAAAUGGAUGAGGAUGGGCAGAGCUACACAUUAUACUGCAGCCAGCCAGCCCCUGCUGGCGCUAAACCUUCUGGCAUAAUUUUAUUUUAUUUUUAAAGAGAUUGUGCUGUCCAUGUUUGUUUUAAAACAAAAAAAAAGUCAUUGGUUGUAGGUGUCUGAGCUCAUGUAUGUGGAAGAGGGCAGAUAGCGCUUUCCUCAGAGCGUGUUAUGCUGCAGCAUGAGCAACAGUUUCAAAAGCUGUGGUUAGGAAGAAAACUAACUUUUGAUCAAAAGAAUGAGCCCCAUAGACUAAAUAUGAAUCACGAUUUGUCAUUGUAGUUGGUUGGGUUUUAAAUGUUAAGCAUUUUCAGAUGUAGAAAAUGUGUGAUUGUAGCAGCAGUGAGAUUUCCUCACAAGGUGAACAAUGAGAUUUUAGUGUGAAACUGAUUGUUGUGGUGUAGUGAUUUCUCAGAAAGGAUGGUCUUACAGGAAGUGAUGAAAAGCAAGCAAAAAUUGUGCAACUUGUACAACAUGACGUUUAUAGGUUUUGUUUUUUUUUGUUGUUGUUGUUUUGCCCCACCACCACUUCUGGAGCGACCUGUAAUCCGGAAAACACGACACAUUCAUUUUCAUUGCAUUUCUGUCCAAUGAGCGCGUGAACAUUAGGCAUGUGCCGACAUCACGAUGUCACAAUGACUGCCUGGUCUUUUAUCACGGUUUGCAAUAUUAUUGCGAUAUUGUAUGAAAAAAUAAUUACAUGUGUAAAGAUGGACUUUAUUUUUCUGAAUAAAUAAGACAUCCAAAGAAAAGAAAUGGUUGUGUCGUUUGAUGAGCAUCAUAAGAAGUAAAAUUUGUAAGAAAAGUCACAUCACUGCUACUGAUAAAAUACUGUCCAUGAUGAUGAUAUUGUAUGUUGAAUAUCAUGAUGUAGUGUUGAACUGAUAAUCGGCACGUGCCUAAUGAGGAUCCAGUGUCCAAAUACCUCUUAAUAGACUUUUUUCCCCCUCUCUUCCCCCCCGUCUGCCUCUCUCUCUCUCUCUCUCUCUCGUAUUUGAAUCUGUCUUUCUAUAUUUCUGUUUGUCUGUCUUUCUCUCUCUCCUCUUCUGUCUGUCUCCCCAGUAUCUCUUUCCAUUUCUAUAUCUUUCUGUCUCUCUUGGUCUCUCCUACAUCUUUCUCUGUCUGUCUGUCCCUCCUGUGGAUGUUUGUGCCUCUCUGUCUUGUUGGUCUGUCUCACUUUCUCGAGUGUUUGAUUCUGUAUUUCUGUUUGUCUUUCUUGGUCUCUCCAGUAUCUCUUUCCAUUUCCAUAUCUGUCUGUCUCUCUCGGUCUCUCCUGUGGAUGUUCUCUCUCUCCCCCUGUAUCUGUCAGUCUCCUCUCUCUCUCUCUCUCUCUAGUAUCUUUUUCCAUAUCUGUCUGUCUCUCUUGGUCUCUCCUGUGGAUGUGCUCUCUCUCUCUCUCUCUCUCCAUUUCCAUAUCUGUCUGUCUCUCCUGUGGAUGUUCUCUCUCUCCCUUUCUCCCCCCUGUAUCCAUCAGUCUGCCCCCCCCUCUCUCUAGUAUCUCUUUCCAUUUCUAUAUCUGUCUGUCUUUCCUGUCCUCCCUCAGUACUUUGUACAGUACUUUUAAACAGCAGACUGUGUAAGUUGACUGGAUUAGUGUCCAUUUAGGAUGUUUAUCUUUUAUCUUUCAUUAUUCUGACAGAUUCCUGUGGUUUGAAAAUUCCUUUCUGGAUUUCUAUUUUCAGUCCUAUAAUUCUCUGUAGUGUUCAUGAAAACGCAACCUUUUUAUUUAUUAUUAUUAUUAUUAUUAUUAUUAAAUUACAGUGUGACCCCACUGUGACCUUGACCUCUGUCAAGUGUGAUAGUUUCUCAGCUUGCGACUUUAUUGCAAUAUGGGGGGGAAAUCAGCAUGUGUUUAUAUACACACACUUCUAUAUAGGAGUGUGUAAUGUUGUGUAGUUCUCAAGAUGGCACUCGUGUGUGUGUGUGUGUGCGCGCGCAUAUUAUUGUAAAUGUUUUAAGAAAAUGGAAAACUGCUCAUGUGUAGCUGCUGCUUCCGCUCAUUGUGUGACUGUAUGAUUCACUGGUGUGUAAAGACACACACACACACACACACACAGAGAAAGAUGAGGGGAAUCUCAUCUGCUGCCCUGUCGUUGAGUUAUAUUAAUAAUUAUUUUAAUAAUUAAUUAUGAAGAGACUUUUUGACUUUCAAAGUGUCUUGACAAAUUUUCCCUUUACAGUGUGUCUGUCCUACUUUUCACACUUAUCUAUCUAUCUAUCUAUCUAUCUAUCUAUCUAUCUAUCUAUCUAUCUAUCUAUCUCCUUUCUUUCUACAUCUUUUCUCUCUUUGUUUAUAUCUUGGCUUUCACUUGGUCAUCUCUCUCAUUCUCUCCUUUCCCAUGUCUUCCCCUCAUCUUUCUUCAUUUCUCUUUCCUCUCUCUCUUGUCUUCUUUUCCAUUCUCUCAACAUCUGUUUCUCUGUCUGUCUUUCUCUCCCAUUCCUUCCCCUCAUUCCCUUGCUUUCUUUAAUUAUUUUGUCUCCCUAUCACUAACCUUCUUCUAUUUUUCUCUUUUCUUUCUCUCUCAACUGUUAAUUUUACCCUGAUUUCUCUCCCCUUCCUGUUUCUUGUUUCUAUUCUUGCUCUCCAUCUCUGUUUCUCUUCAACCCACUGUGUUUGUAAUGGUGCGUGAAGUCAAGGAUUUGUGUGUCGUAUAAACACACAGAGAGAGAGAGAGAGAGAGAGAGAGAUGCAAAACUAUUUUUUUUGUAAAUAGGUUUUCCAACUUGUAAAAUAUUGAAAUAAAGGAAUAUAGUAUUUAUACUUGCA